GAGCACAGACACUGCUUCACCUUCCCUGCCCUGGCCAGCAACCAGUCACUAUUCAACCAGCAGGACAAGAGGCAACUCCAGCUGGACUACUCAGACAGGGUGCAAGGCCAUGGCGACCUAUGUGCAGCUGAACAACAUGGCCAAGAUGCCCAUCGUGGGGCUGGGCACCUGGAAGUCUCCACCAGGGAAAGUGGAAGAGGCAGUGAUGGCUGCCAUUGACGCUGGGUACCGCCACUUUGACUGUGCCUACGUGUACCAGAAUGAGAGUGAAGUUGGGGAAGGGAUCCAGCGGAAAAUCAAGGAAGGUGUUGUGAAACGAGAGGACCUCUUCAUCGUCAGUAAGCUGUGGUGCACAUUCCAUGAAAAGCCUCUGGUGAAGGGAGCAUGCCAGAAGACUCUUGCUGACCUGAAACUGGAUUACCUGGAUCUCUACCUCAUGCACUGGCCUUUUGGGUUUAAGGCAGGAGAUGAGCUGUUUCCCAAAGAUGAUAAAGACAUGGCUAUACAUAGCAAUGCUGAUAUUCUCCAGACAUGGGAGGCCAUGGAAGAGCUGGUGGAUGCUGGCCUAGUAAAAGCCAUUGGAAUCUCCAACUUUAACCAUGAGCAGAUUGAAAGACUCCUGAAUAAACCAGGACUGAAGCACAAGCCUGCAAAUAACCAGGUGGAAUGUCACCCAUACCUUACCCAGGAGAAGCUGAUCAAGUACUGCCAAUCCAAAGGGAUUGCUGUGACAGCAUACAGUCCCCUUGGCUCUCCUGACAGGCCAUGGGCUAAGCCAGAGGAUCCUUCCCUUCUGGAUGACCCCAAGAUCAAAGAGAUUGCAGCCAAGUACAAGAAAACUCCAGCACAGGUUCUCAUUCGGUUCCACAUCCAGAGAAAUGUGAUUGUGAUUCCCAAGUCUGUCACACCACAGCGCAUCGUGGAGAACUUCAAGGUGUUUGACUUCAGCUUGACUAAGGAGGAGAUGGCAACCAUUCUCAGCUUCAAUAGAAACUGGAGAGUCUGUCAAAUGGCCAUGUCCAGAAAUCACAAGGACUACCCUUUCAAUGCAGAAUACUGAAGAUGCUUGUAGCAUGUCCUUCACUAGACCUCUGGUGUCUCAUGUGCCUCUGCUCUAACUCUGAGCUGUCUCCUCUAGUUUUCUUACUGCAUCUUUCCUGCUGCUGCUAGUGAAGACAUGAAAUUAAUUUGAGUAGGGUUUUUUCAAUGAGGAAUACAGAACAAAGUGUUGGAUGUAAUAAUUUUCUGCUUAUUAGAAAUGAGGAUAACUGCUAAAAAGCCUAUGCAGAGCCGCUAAGCACAGAGUGGGCAGAGUUUGUACCACCAUUCAAUGACUGUCUUCAGUCUUGCACCAGCAGAAAACAGGUAUUUACAAAUCACAAAAAAACCCCAUGCGUCUACAGUUUCAUCAGUACUGUCCCAUACUUUAAAUAAAAUUUCAAAAUGCAAAAA